AGCGACUAUUACUCUGGGCGACCCUCCCUGUUACCUAGAGCAAAGGAUCCUGCGUCCUUUCCGCGUCAGGGACAGCUCCCCCCUCCAGGAGCGGGCAGGGGGCGGAGCUUGCUCGCGGCUCCGCCCUCGGCCCCACCCGCGCGGCAGGCUCGGUUCUUGGCCUUGCUUGUGCGACUGCGCGAGCCCUGGACUCGAAGCAGCCAUGAUGGAAGGCCUGGAUGACGGCCCCGACUUCCUCUCGGAGGAAGACCGCGGACUUAAAGCAAUAAAUGUCGAUCUCCAAAGUGACGCUGCCCUGCAAGUGGACAUUUCAGACGCACUCAGUGAGAGGGACAAAGUCAAGUUCACUGUCCACACAAAGAGUUCAUUGCCAAAUUUUAAGCAAAAUGAAUUUUCAGUCGUUCGACAACAUGAGGAAUUUAUCUGGCUUCAUGAUUCCUUUGUUGAAAAUGAAGACUAUGCAGGUUACAUUAUCCCACCAGCACCACCAAGACCUGAUUUUGAUGCUUCACGGGAAAAACUGCAGAAGCUUGGAGAAGGGGAAGGCUCGAUGACAAAGGAAGAAUUCACAAAGAUGAAACAGGAACUGGAAGCUGAAUACCUGGCAAUCUUCAAGAAGACAGUUGCGAUGCAUGAGGUGUUCCUGUGUCGUGUUGCAGCACAUCCUAUUUUGAGAAAAGAUUUAAAUUUCCACGUCUUCUUGGAAUAUAAUCAAGAUUUGAGUGUUCGAGGAAAAAAUAAAAAAGAAAAACUCGAGGAUUUCUUUAAAAACAUGGUUAAGUCAGCAGAUGGAGUAAUUGUUUCAGGAGUAAAGGAUGUAGACGACUUCUUUGAGCAUGAACGAACAUUCCUUUUAGAAUAUCACAACCGAGUUAAGGAUGCAUCUGCUAAAUCUGACAGAAUGACAAGAUCUCACAAAAGUGCUGCUGAUGAUUACAAUAGAAUUGGGUCUUCAUUAUAUGCUUUAGGAACUCAGGACUCUACAGAUAUAUGCAAAUUUUUCCUCAAAGUUUCAGAACUGUUUGAUAAGACAAGAAAAAUAGAAGCUCGGGUGUCUGCUGAUGAAGACCUCAAGCUUUCUGACCUAUUAAAGUACUACUUGCGGGAGUCUCAAGCAGCUAAGGACCUCCUCUAUAGAAGGUCUAGAUCGCUGGUGGACUAUGAAAAUGCCAAUAAAGCACUGGACAAGGCCAGAGCGAAAAACAAAGAUGUUCUACAAGCCGAAACUUCUCAACAGUUGUGCUGUCAGAAGUUUGAAAAAAUAUCUGAAUCUGCAAAACAAGAACUGAUAGAUUUUAAGACAAGAAGAGUUGCUGCAUUCAGAAAAAAUUUAGUGGAACUUGCAGAACUAGAACUGAAGCAUGCAAAGGGUAACCUCCAGCUGCUGCAGAACUGCCUUGCAGUUUUAAGUGGAGACACAUAGGCUUCCCUCCGCCUUCUGCUGAAAAGGGCUGCCUUCAGAUCUGUUUGUUUUCCUGACGACCU